AGUUGACUUCUGUUUGGUGUGGCGACGUGACAAUAAACCCUUAGCCAUAAGGGUAAAGUGAUUAUUUAUUUCGCCUGCCGACUUGUGUCUACUUUUUUACUAUAGACUUUUUUAUAAAUAUAAUUAAGAUUACAUGUAAAUUUAUAUUUAUUUAAAUAAUUAAUUAAAGCUCGCACUGUUUACACCCUGUCAUCGGUCUCGGAUAUAAGAUCUACCCCCGCGCGCGCACGCCGGCGUUUUAUUUUACUGAACCGCGAUCAAGCCUCACUCGAUCGCCGGCGCUCGUUCUGACGACACAGACUACGAUCUUGCUCCGAUUUUAUAAAUUUAUUUAUUUAUUUAUUUAUUUAUCGACUGACUAUUUAAAUAAAUAAAUUAUUGUUCAAAUAUCUAAUAAUUAUAUUUUAUUUUUAAAUAUUGAGACGAGGAUUUUGUGGUAAACGACACGAACCUUGACGACGAAGAUCUUGUUACUUAAGGAUGAUGUGGGAGAAUGCCGGGCGCUACCGGCCCGGAUUAAUUCUGUGGCUCCUGAUAAUUAUAUCCCAUUCAAUAAACUCCGCCCCGGUACACGAUGAUGAAUCUUCACAAGUUGCGGAGUACGGAAGUACCACAACAGGGUGUUACUACAAUUUUCAAUACUACGACGAAGGGGAGAGAAUAAUGACCAACGAGCCAUGUUUGAAUUGUACGUGUCACAAUCGAAUGCUCAUGUGUUAUCUCCGGGUCUGCCCAUUCACGAAAGCCAUCGGCCAGAAUUGUAAAGUCGAGAAACGAGCUGAUCAAUGCUGUCCGGUAAUAACUUGUCCAGAAGUACCUGUACAUUUAUUGACAUCGACGACAAGCGCGCCGACAUCUGAAAUCGAUCAGCAAUCGGAAACCGGAAUUGGUUUUCCCGACAAUUAUGGGUGUACUGUCGAUAAUAAAUUUUAUGCCGAUGGCGCCCAAUUGCCGGGCAAUCCCCACAAUCCAUGCGAGCUCUGUUACUGCAUACGAAAUCGCACGACGUGUCUUAUGCAGGAAUGCACACUUAAAGUUGUUGGUUGCAAACCUGUUUAUCAUCCAGGAAUAUGCUGUCCGGUCAAAUACAAUUGCGACUACGAGGAUAAUUUAUUGACAACAGUGGAACCAACGACUGGGCUGAUUAUGACGACAACCCCAGCACCGGCAGGUACUGACUCACCGCAAUGUUAUCACGAGGGAAAAUAUUAUCAAGACGGACAGCUUAUUUAUUCAAAGCAGCCUUGCCAGCAUUGCUACUGUUUCCAUCGUGAUAUUGCCUGUGUUGUACAGGACUGUGGUACUCCCAUGAAGAUGCACGGGAAGAAUUGUACUGCGCUGCCGCCACCGGAAGGCCAGUGUUGCCCGACCACGUACGAGUGCGAAGAUGAACCAGGAACAGAAGAAGCCCAGCAGACUUCGGGACUGGAUGAGAACUCAAUAGUCGCCACGCAAGCUACUUUACCGGUCGACGAUCAGCAGACGCAAGAAAUAUUCCCGGGAGCGAAUAACGAUAUCCCGGAAGAUGAUAAAGUUCACCAAGGGGUUACGGAUGAUAAUUUAUCAACGGUAAUGGAAUCAUCUACUAAGCAGUCUUCGGGAUUCCCGGAAAGUAAUGAAGUGCCUAAAGAAACACCUAAGGCUGAAAAUGAUGCGACUGAGAAACCGAUGGACGCUAUUACACAUGCAGAUGAAGUUACGGAAAUUACUGAAGACGGUAAGCCGACGGAAUUACCGGAGAUUGGACAUGAAGGUGAAAAAGUUGAAGAACAAAGUACCACUGCUGAAGAUGGAUUUAUGGGUUCAACUACAGAGAAAGCUUUGACUGGCGUACCAGCACGCAGCGAGGAUCAAAUACCUACGAAUGAAUCUUCAGAGAUUAAACCUGCUCAGGACACUACAAUUAUCCCAAUUACCGAAGACGAAAAGCCAGCUGACGUUACUACGCCGCUGCCUAAAGAAACGACCGAAGAAGAAAUAAUUGAACCGACAGAAACUGUAAUUACGAAAAUUGGUGAGGAUAAUGAGAUACCCAAAGUCGAAGAACCGAAGCCUGUGGACACGACCGAGGCAGCUAUUAAAUUAACUGAGGAAACAAAAACACCAGAUGAGGAACCGGAUCAGAUGUCAGUUACGGAAUCGGAGACUAAACCCGAGGAAGCGACGACGGAGGGGUCACUUGAAGUUGCUAAGGUGACGCAAUCUGAAGAAAAACCUGAGGAAUCUCUUCCUACAACUGCCGCUGAUGAACAGACGUCAGAGACACCAACUUCUGAAGAUUCUCAUCAAGCCUUUAGUCCAACGGAACACAGCGAUCUAGAUAAAACUGAAAUUCCAACUCAGGGGCCUCCUGGUAUUGAUGUUUCGACACGUGGACCUGUCACUAAAGCUGAAGAUAAGGACGCUGUAACGGAGGACUCUAGUGUGCAGAUAACUGAGAGCCCUGGUGGUUUGGAAGGCUCUCUAGCCACUCAACCGGGUGAUAGUUUAGUUACUGACAAACCGGAAUCUUCAGCCGAUCAGUCGACAGAAGCUCCAGCUGAAACAUCGACGAGCGACGAGACUCAUGAAACACCUAAAGAAGAAUCUGGUCCAGUUACUGAGAGUCCUGAAGCUGAGAAGAAACCAGAAGACAGUGAACACAGCACUCCUGAGACGAUAAUAGAAGAAAAACCAGAAGAAAUGUCUACUGUUUCAUCUGCUGAAGAGAAACCGGAAGAAGAACCACCAACGAAAGGUCUAGAAGUCAGUGGAGAACAGAGUUCCGAGGAAACGAGUUCGGAAGUACCAUCUAAGGAAGGAAAACCUUCACAGGAAACCUCCUCGGAGGAAGAACAAGAAAACAGCUCUGAAGUUUCGGCGGAAGAAUUCACUACUUUGCAACCGGUUACGGAAAAAUCUGAAGUCAGCACUAGUGCAAGCGAAGAACAAUCGACUGCUGGUUCGCCGGUAGAAGAGCCAACGCAGAAACCUGAAGAAGAAACCGGAGCUGAGAUGCCGACAGAGAAAACUGAAGAACAAGCUACUGAAAAACCAGAAAUUCCAGCGGUAGAGAGUCAGACUCAACCUUCUGAUGAAUCUUCAAGUGAUUCUGGAGACCAAGUUACUUCAGCUACUGAACAAUCACCAGUUACAGUAACUGAGGAAGAAGUCAAGCCAGAGACCGAGGAAUCUAGUACUGCUGCUGCCAUUCCUUCGGAAGAACCAACUCAAGAACCUGCUGGUGAAGAAAAACCGGAUGAAAUGGCAAUUCCUACUACUCAGGAGCCUGGUAUUGAACAGAGUACGGAGAAAGAAGCAGAAAAACCAUUGACUGAAGAGAAAGGUGAAGAUGAGUUCAAGCCAACGGAACUGCCAGCUUCUACGGAACCAUCAGACGCAAUUACUGAAGCUGCUACGUCGAAUGACAGCAAAGUUGAGCAACAAACGGAAGUACCCAGUGUAAACGAGCCCUCAUCAACGGAAGCUCCGAUUGAAGAACAAGCUACUGAAGUAACUGCGUCAGAAGAAAUUACUGAAAAACCCGCAGGAGAAAAGGGUCAAGAAGGUGAUGAAGGCCAACAAACUGAAAUCCCGGUUACUGUUCAUGAAGAAGUUACAGAGCCGACUGUCGAAGAAAAAACUGAGACACCAAUUGUAACAAAAGAAUCUCCAGAAGCUUCUGAAACUCCAGUUCAAGAGUCCAGCACUCCGUCAGUCGAAACAUCUAGUCCACAGGAAGAAUCAUCAACGUCAUCACAAGAAGUCAGUGAGGGUACGACAAAACCAGAAAUUUCUGAGUCAACUGAAAAAUCCGAAUUGCCUUCAGAAGCUGAUGAAAAGACUACGGAAGCUGAAUUAAAACCAACGGAGCCGUCAGCUGAAGAACAAACUCCAGCAGUGACUGAAAAAUCUGGUGAACAAAGUACUGAACAAGAAGCUACACCAACAGCUGUGACUGAAAAACAACCAAGUGUGGAAGAAACCACUGAAGGAGUAGAAAAAACUGAAACUCCAGAGAGUAAGCCUGAGGAAGUCGAAAAAGAACAAACUGUAGCUCCAGCUUCUGAAGAAAGUACUCAAGUUACAGAAGCUUUUGCAUCACCAGAAAUUCCGGCGGUUACUGUAACUCCUGAAUCAGCAGAAGAACCAGCAGCUACAAAGGCUCCUGAAUCUGGAGAACAGCCCACGACAGUUGAGAUUUCAGAACCAACAUCAACGAAAGCUCCGGAGUCGAUCGAAGAAUUAGUAACAAAAGCUCCUGAAACUGUGGAAGUACCUGUAGUUACUAAUGCUCCUGAAUCAGUAGAAGAACCAGCAGCGACAACGACUUCCGAAUCUGCGGAAGAACCUGCAACCAAAGUUCCUGAAACGGUCGAAGAAUCUGGAGCAACCAAAGCUCCUGAACCUGCUGAAGAACCAACGGCAACUGAAGUUCCUACAAAGACUCCUGAAUCUGCGGAAGAAUCUGCAACCGAAGUUUCUGAAAAGGUCGGAGAAUCCACAGCAACCAAAGCUCCUGAACCUGCUGAAGAACCAACGGUAACUGAAGUUCCUACAAAGACUCCUGAAUCUGCGGAAGAAUCUGCAACGGAAGUUUCUGAAAAGGUCGGAGAAUCCACAGCAACCAAAGCUCCUGAACCUGCUGAAGAACCAAUAGUAACAAAAGUGGCUGAACCUGCUGAAGAACCAACAGCAACUACAGCACCCGAAUCAUCAGAACCUGCAGCAACAAAAGCACCUGAAUCAUCAGAAGCACCUGAACCUGCAGCACCAGAAGAGCCGGCAGUUACUAAAACUCCUGAAUCAGCAGAAGAACCUGCAACCAAAGUUCCUGAAUCAGUCGACGAAUCCACCGCUACCAAAGCUCCUGAAUCUGCUGAAGAACCAACAGCAACUACAGCAUCUGAAUCAUCAGAACCUGCAGCAACAAAAGCACCUGAAUCAGCGGAAGAAACAAUAGUAACAAAAGUUGCUGAACCUGCUGAAGAAUCUCCAGCGACAAAAGCACCUGAGUCAGAAGAAGAAUCUACAGUGACUAAAGCUUCUGAAUCUGCGACAAAAGCACCUGAGUCAGCAGAAGAACCUGCGACAACAGAAGCACCAACCAGUCAAUCUGAAGAUCAAAAACCAACUGAAGAACCAGAAAAACCCGUCGAAUCAUCACCAUCAGGCGUAGAACCAACGCAAGCUCCUGAAGCUGUCACUGAACCAGCCGCUGAAGAACAAUCUACUCAAACUAGUGAUAAACACGAAGAGCCUAUUCCUGUGACUGUCCAAGUGACAGAAGAGCCGACAGAAGUUCCAACUUCAACUUCAACUGAAAAAGAAACAGCCCCUGCUCAGGAACCAACGGAAGCUUCACCUGCCAUCGAAGAAAGCAGUCCUACGAUAGUUCCUGUGGCCGUUAGCGAACCGAGUACUGAGAGCCGUCCAGAAAGUAGUGAAUCGACAGAAGUGCCAGAAAAAUCAACCACCGAAGACUCUGGACCCCCGGGAAUUCCUGGUGAAGGCAGUUGUCUCGUUGACGGACAAACAUUUUCGAACAACUCAGCAAUCCCACCAGUCAAUCCUUGCCAAUUGGGUUGCCGAUGUGUCAGCAGUAUUGUUCAAUGUGAUAUGGUUCAAUGUUCACCUCCACCGAGCCAUAUGUCCAACUGCAUGCCUAUCCAUACUCCAGACAAUGCUUGCUGUCCAAUGUACUCUUGUACUAAUGAAGCUUCAACAGAAACACUUCAAGUUGACAAUCAGAUGUCCGAAGAUCAUACUCCAGUUUACCAAGAUCAAGAUACCAAGACUGAGUCAACGAGUCCUCAUGCUCCGGAAAGUCAGACCGAAGCUUCUGAAGAAACGAAACCUGAACAGGAAGCUACUCCAGCUCCAGUACCUGAGCAAACUAGUACAACUUCUCAAGCUACAACUGAUGAAGAAUCUGUUGUUGUGAAUGUCGGAGAUGCUCAUGAAACUACUAAAGAACCAGAAGUUCCGGCUGAAACCGCUAAACCAAUUGAACCCAGUGGCGACGAAAAGCCUACAGUUCUUGUAAAAGAAAGUACUGAAGAGCCUGAGACUGCUCCUGUAUCACCAGCAGAGGCACAGACUACUGAGUCCAUUGAUACUCGUGUGAAAGAAGAAGAAGAAGAAGUUACAAAAGCUCCUGAAGAGCUAGUGACCGUAGCAGCAACUGAACCAACAGUAGAAAAAGAUGAAGGCGUAGAAAAGGAAAGUGAAGGGGCAGAAACUGAAAAAGAAGAUGAAGGAAAAGAACCAACUGUCACUUCAAUUCCUACUGAGCAAGCGCCAACUAGUGCUCCAGAAGAGCCGACUAAAAAUACGAUGAUUAAUACUCAGCCUGAAGAACCAGCUUCAACACAAGUUACAACUAUCCAUGAAGAACCAAGUAGUCCUGCUAUUGACAGCCAGCCUUCAACAGAAUUACCUGCUAUUGACAGCCAACCUUCAACAGAGUUACCUGCAAUUGACAGCCAACCUUCAACAGAAUUACCUGCAAUUGACAGCCAACCUUCAACAGAAUUACCUGCAAUUGAUAGUCAGCCUUCAACAGAAUUACCUGCCAUAGAUAGCCAGCCUUCAACAGAAUCACCUGCCAUAGACAGCGAGUUUUCAACAAAAUUACCUGCAAUAGAUAGCCAGCCUUCAACAGAAUUACCUGCCGUAGAUCAAGAACAAGUAACAGAGUCAGUGACGCAUCCAACUGAUGAAAAACUUGAUGAAAUUACAGCUAAGCCAGAAACAUCUCCAGCUGAAGAAUCUAGUGCGAUUACGAAAGCCGCUGAAUCAACAGAGAGUCCAGUUCAAGAGACAACUCAACCAUCUGAGCCUGCUCAAACAACUGCAGCUAGCGAAGCAACUCCAGAAGAAGCUGUGUCGUCUACUGAAGCUCCGAAAGAGAUUUCAAAUGAAGUCCCAAGUGCUGAAGCCACUACAGCGGCCAGUGAGUCAGAUCAAACGACAAGCGAAGCAGCUGAAAAACCAACAGCUGCCCCAGAAACGCCUACAGAAAAAGUAACCGAAGCUCCAGCUGAAGAAAUCACUGAAACGCCAACUCUUCACGAGGAUUCGACACCAGAGUCUGUGGAAACCAAGGAACCAACAAGUACUGAGUCUUCUAUAAUCACUUCUUCAGCAGAGUCAGUACCAGAACAAGGAGGCCAGUCAACUGAAGCUAGUCCAGAGGAACAAGAGAAGCCAACUGAGUCAGCUGUUCCAAGUGAAACAUCUGCUCCUGCAGAGUCAACCGAAACUCCUGAAAUCAAAGCACAAGAUCAAACUUCUCCGUCAGUUCAAGCAGAAACCACUGCAAUGCCAUUGGCGGAAGACGAACACAAAGAUUCCACCGUAGAGGAAGUGCCAUCUACCGUUUCAGUUGAAACUCAAACGGAAAAAACUUCAGGACCUGAACAGCCGGAAUCUCCCAAAACUGAAGCACCAACUUCUGAAGAACCGUCUAGUACAGAAAGUGUCAAAGAAACUUCUGAAGAGUCAUCCAGUACAGAAAGUGUCAAAGAAACUUCUGAAGAGUCAUCCAGUACAGAAAGUGUCAAAGUAAUUUCCGAAGAGCCAUCUAGCACAGAAAGUGUCAAAGAAACUUCACAGGCUUCAGAAUCAACAGAACCUUCAAUUGAUGCCUCAACGGAAUUGCCCAAAGCUUCUACUGAUAAAACUAAUGAAGUAACAUCACCAGAAGCUAUUGAAACUACGGAAGCUGCACAAGAUGAAUCAUCUGUAGGAUCAACUGAGAAACCCGCCGAGGAAGCCCUUCCUACUGAGAAGACUGACGCGCCAGCAGUCAGUGAAAAAAUACCUGAAGACACGGUAUCUACUUCAUCUGCUGAUGCUACGACACCGCAAAGUGAAGAAAAGCCAGCGGUCGAUCAAGAAGUUCCAGUCAUUGUAACGUCAGAAGAACCUCAAGAAGAAGCUAAGAAACCUGAACCAACGGAUGCCUCGACAGAAAGUCCUGAGUCAUCGACAGCAGAACAAGUUACACCUGAACAAUCUUCAGAUAAAUCUCAGACGACGGACGCAGUAACCGAGAGCUCGAGCACGGAAACUUUACCAGAAGUUACUGAAGGUGAUUUAAGUGUGCCUGUGGCGAUUAAUAAAACGGCGAUUCCGGAAGAAGAAACUGAAGAAGCGAAACCAACUGAACCUUCAGUUGAAGAGAGCGAGAAAGACGUUACGAUAGACACGAAGAUUGGAUCAGAAACUCCGGAAGUUGAGAAAGAAGUUACUCAAGUAAUGGAACAGACUACGGCUUCUGGGUUGAAAGAUGAAGAGAAAGAAACUACUAUGAGUAGUGUUGAUUUGUCACCAACUGUUGCAGCUGUGACGGAAACUUCUGCAGCUGCUGAAGAGCCUGCAUCUUCCACUGAGAUCUCUGAAGAAGAAAAGCCAGAAGUUAAGCCUGAAGAAAAACCUGAAGAAGAGAAACCAAUUGAAAGUGUGACGACAAAAGAACCUGAAAGUCCAGUUGAUGCUUCGGAAUCAACACCGUCGGUAGCUGUUACUAGUGUCCCAGAAAUGGAAGCUACGUCAAUUUCUUCUGAAGCUUCUACUGAAGCAGUUCCUGAAAUUAGUACUGAGUCUUCAGAAAAGAGCCCAGAUGACAAAGCUGAAGCGACGACGAUUUCUGCUAGCCCUGAAGAAACUCCAGUAGAUCAGACUAAAUUAGACAAACCUGAAGAAGAAAAACCUGUGGAACCUGAAGUUAAACCAAUGGAAGAACCUGAAGUUAAGCCGGAAGAAAAACCUGAAGAAGAGUCUCAAACUAAGCCUGACGAAGAUAAAUCUGAAAUUAAACCUGAAGAACAACCAGAACUUAAACCAGAAGAACAACCUACGGAAGAUAAACUUGCAGAGCAGCCCGAAGUAAAACCUGAAGAAGAAAAACCUCAAGUCAAGCCUGAUGAAGAAACACCUGAAGUCAAGCCUGACGAUGAUAAACCCGCAGAAGAACCUGAAGUCAAGCCUAAAGACGAGGAACCUGUAGGUCAACCUGAAAUCAAGCCAGAAGAUGAGAAACCUACGGAAGAGCCUGAAUCUAAACCUGAAGGAACACCUGUUGAACAACCUGCAGUCAUACCUGAAGAAGAGAAACCCGAAGAGAAACCUGAAGAUGAGAAACCUAAAGAUAAGAAACCCGAAAGUGAACCUGAAGAAGAAAAGCCAACAGAGCAACCUGUAGUCAAACCUGAAGAAGAAAAGCCGACAGAGCAACCUGCAGUCAAACCUGAAGAAAAACCUACAGUAGAACCUGCAGUCAAGCCUGAAGAAAAGCCUGCAGAGCAACCUGCAGUCGAACCUGAAGAAAAACCUACAGAAGAACCUGCAGUUAAACCUGAAGAAGAGAAGCCUGAAGAAGAAAAGACUGCAGAGCAACCAGAAGAUAAGAAGCCUGAAAGUAAACCUGAAGAACAACCUGAACUAAUGCCUGAAAUUAAACCUGAAGAAAAACCAGUAGAAGAACAUGAAGAUAAACCAAUAGAAAAAGAAUCUGAAGUUAAACCAGAAGAACAAAUACCAGUCGAACAACAUGAAGAAAAACCAGAAGAACAAAAACCAGAUUUAAUUGACCAAAUACCAACUGGUCAAGAAACUGAAGAAGAAAUUCCCCAACAACACAUUCCUGUUGAGGCGUAUCUCCCAGGUCAACAUCCUGAAACCGUUGAUCAACAAACUGUCGGUCCGAUCGAACACGACGUUCUCCAGCAACACAUAACAGAACCCAGCAGGUAUACGCCGACCCCAGAACCAGAUCACUCGUCUUCCAGUACACUAGCACCUCAAUCUCCCGAGUAUCCCGACCAAACCGUAACCGGCGAAGACAACCCUCACUUCCCAGUCAACGCCGGAAGCUAUCUCAACCCCGACGAAGAAGACUACGACGAAGACGACCAAGCAGUCUACGGACCCGGAACCUGUCGUUACGGCGGCAAAGUCUACGUCUCAGCCCAACAAAUACCACGAGACGAUCCAUGUGACUUCUGCUUCUGCUUCCGCAGCGACAUAAUUUGUCUCCAGCAGAGUUGUCCACCUCCAAUACCCGGCUGUCACGAGGAGCCCAUCAGCGGCUUCUGUUGUCCGCGAUACGAGUGUCACGUCUCCAUGGCGACCUCCCUCAACAUCACAACGACCACAACAACAACAACAACAACUCUGCCACCACACUUCUCACCCCAUGCCUACAAGGGUGCAGCCAAACGAAGCGGAUGUUUAAUCAAAGGACAGGCGUAUCGCGUCGGUGAUGUCAUCAGAUCCUCAUCCGGACCUUGCCUCCACUGCACUUGCGGAAGUGACGGUAACAUGGAAUGUAAUCCGAAAAACUGCACUCCAGAACCAAUGAUCAGAAGAAUGAUCGCAACUUCCACUGCCAAGAGACGACGAAGAUGAGCUAAUUAAUCAGCUCAAGUUCGAUAAUUAAUCGAAUAUAAUUAAUGAAAAAAAAUAAAUAAAUAAUAUUAAUAAUAAUAAUUAAAAUUAACUACCGAGAGGAAGAUUAUCGUGUGUGAAUUGAGUGUUGUAUAAAAGUGAAUCCGAGCGAAAAAAAGAAAUUAAUUGAUUAAUUAUUAAUAACUAAUUCUCAAUAUCACAAUAUCGUCGCGAAACACAGACAGUAUCGUGCGCCGACGGUAUCAUAAACUGAGUGGCCAAAAUGUAAACAUUUACUUUAUAUAUAUAUAUUAUAUAUAUACAUAUUAAUAAUAAUAAAUAUUAUUAUUAUGAUUAUGGUAAUAAUAAGUAAGGAAAGAAAUACGAAAAAAAAUUAAUUAAUAAAUACAGCGAUUAGGUGAGAGGCGAUCGUGGUGCCAAAACGACGAUAAAUGACGGCAAUGAUCUUAAAUUUUUUUCUAAUUACGAUCUUCGAAGGCUAAUUAAUAAAAUAUACUAAAAAUUGUGCCUUCUCGCCAGUGUUUUUUU